AUGGGUGGUCAGGAGCAGGUGCGGAUCUUUGUGGGUGGCCUCUCUUGGGACACAUCGGAACGGGACCUGGAAGAUGCCUUUAGCCGCUUCGGCAAGGUCAUUGCGGCCGAGGUUGCGGAAUUUCUCUUACUCUGUCCUCUCUUCCACCGUUGCCAUUGUUCGUCUCGUUGUUCUGUUUAAAAUCUUGAUUAUUUGCAUGAUCAACGUUGUUAUGGUUCUCUGCGAGACAAACGGGAGGUAUGGAGCUCAGUAGAUGUGUUUCUUGCAAAUCAUGCAAAGGGAUCUCCAUUCACGCGUGUUUCGUCCUCUCUGUUCUUCUCUGAACUUUUCUUUUUUUCCUUGGAACUAAAUUUUUGACUUCCUCUUCUGUUUUUUGCUCUUGUUCUUCCCUCCUCUGGAUUGCUGGCUAUGAGAUGUUGUGGAAUGUUGGGAUGCGUUCAAAAUUGCUGAAGCUUCUUGCAGUACCUCGCAUGCUCUGUUUGCUUAAGCACAUGGCGUUGCCGAGCCAUCACUGAUUUGUGUCUGAUGAGAUGAGCCUGACCAUAUUUUCAGCAUGUUGUCUGCUCUGAUGGGCUGCGUUUGGUUUGCUCGUCUAUCGACAGUCGCUGGGCUAUAAUGUCUCUGUUCAUAGCUUCAGAGAGAAGGCAUUCAUAGCUUAUGUGGGUUGCAUAAGAUACGGGCUCAGGAUGUGAACUUUCUUCGUGGGAAUUGAUGGUUCGAUGAUCUUCCUGGUGUGGAAAAUGGAUUCUGCUGCCUACACACCUCUCCGAUACUCCUUUCCUUCAUUGCGGCAGAUUAUCGCUAGCAUGUAGGAUUGUAGGCCUUAGUCUUCUCGAUGAUUAUCAGAACUAUGUUGCCCUUCUCAGCUGCCUGGUGUGAUCUUGGGAAGCUGUACCCCACCGUUUGUAGGAGGAUCUCCUUGGAUGAUCUUGUCUCUGCAUAAUAAGGAUUACUUCAUGUUUGUCGUCAUUCUCGUUGGUCAGUGGGUGGAGUCCUUCCUUUUUGUCGCAGAACAUGCCUUGUGAGUCCAAUUCGUGUUGAUCUGGUGAAUACCCUGCUGUAUCAGCCAUGGCUUGAAAGUUUGAAUCUAAUGUGCUUACUCUCUGUGUUAUCUGGCAUCAUAUUAAGAAAAAUGCGUGGCUGCUCCUCUGAUUGGUCUCAUGGUCGGUCUGUUGUAGCCUCGUGAGAUGACAUGUUCUUUGAUUGGAAGUGUGGGAAAGAUCCCCUGGGGGUUCUGAGCUUGGUAACGGUCGAACUCUGCAAAGACUUUUCCCCAUUAUUUUCACUGUUUUCAUGUCAACCACGUCCUAGAAGCUCCAACUGCAAACCUCAGUGUUUGAUGACCCGGUUUGAAUAAGCAUCACUUUGUGAGUAGUUAUGCAUGACUCAUGUACCUGGGAUCGGUAAGAUAGCUUUAGAAAUUUGGGCUAUAUUCAGAUCCAAGAGAAAAUCUGCAGUGGUGAAUCCACUUCUUAUGGUUGUGGGAUCUUCAAUGAACUGUUGCAGACGCCACUGUUGUUUUGAUGUUCUUUGCUUGGUAACUGACAAUAGUCUUUGUUUCCACUUUUGUUAUGAAAGAAUGGGUUCACUGAUUGCUCAAGUGAUCGGUUUACUCCAAAGUUUAAUGUUCAGUUUACACUUCUGUCUUGCCUGGAAACUCAUCUAAGUGAUCUCGAAAUUUUCUGUUACCAUUGUCGUAAGUAAUUCUACACUGGUUUUGGGGAAAAUCCAGUUUCUGUCUGGUACUAAGAUGUUGGAUGUUGGAAGUUGGAAGAGAGAGUCAGCCUUUGUGGCAUUUAUUUAGCGUUUUUCAAUGUUUUAUUUUUAAUAUCACCCUAAAAUCUAGGCCAUUCCUCUAAUAUCAAUCUCAACACGUGAAAAUUGCUUGGUAAAAAUUUAAAAAAUAUAAUGUACAGGGUCCCUUACCUAAGAUGCAACAAGUUGGUGUUGCAGUUUUGAACCGUUGACUCGAUGGUUGACUGCAAGUUUUUUUGGGCUGUGUCUGUAUGGGGUCUCCAAUGCUGGCUAGUCGUUGAGAGCUGAAAGUAUAGUUAAUGAAUCCCUCUAGGCCAAGUAAUGUUGGAAAAAUUUUAUGAGAGUCGUGAUGCAGUUUGAAUGCACUAAAGCAGCUGGAGAGUUUCUGAUGCACAGUUGACUUGUCCCGGCUGAUGGCACAGUUGGCUGUUUUAAAAUGUUAAUGCAUCGUUUAAGAGGCAACUAUGGUUCGAGACCACCUUAAUUCUGAUGGUGCGGAAGUUUGUUAUAAUGUGUCUGGGUAUUUUUUUGAAUGUUACACGAGGAGCUCAGUGUUGUUGUCAACGCCCAGAAGGAAAGUUUAUUCAUUUUUGUUGCAUAUAUCAAGGAAUAAUGUGUAAGAUACUUUACUCUAGGCACAAUCAUGAAUUCAGUUGCCUCUGGGCAUCCUCUUCAGUCAUUAACAUUGGCAUUGGUCUUUUUUUUAGAUGUGGAUCAAUUUUACUUACUAGAUUCGUUCAUCUUUCUUGAUUUAUCCUCUCUGUAUGCUAGUUUGAAUGAUUGAGAUCACCCAUGUUCAAGAACCCUUGCUUCUUAUGCUUUCUUCUGUAGUGCUCAUGAAACUAAUGGAUGUAAGUGGAUAACAUGGCCGCACCCAUAAAUAAAUUGUUGGAUGGUAAUUCGUAACUGGAACCUUUUUCUUCUUCAUAAACUAGUAAAUAUUUGCUCAAUUGUUUUAAAAUGUUUGGUGAACUGUUGGUACUCGUGUUCUUGUUUUCAUAAAAUUUCUCUUUGAUUUUUUUUUUCAAUUCUCAAUAUGAAAAAAUUCAUUGGCUUCAUUUGGGAUGCAUAUGUAUAGGCCGUAUUUACUUAUGGUUGCGGACAAGUAAUGUAGGUUUACAAAACACAAUUCUUUUCAAAACUUUCAUGCCGCAGAUGAUAGCCUGACUAUCAUCUGGAAGGAAACCUUUGUGUAUUUUUUUCUAUUUUUUUUUCUCUUCUGAACUAUUCAAGUGCUAGGCGUUUGAGUGUCUAGGUAAAGAGAUUUGAAAGGUGCUUGCCUUCAUUACUAUAGUGUCUUGGUAACCAUGUUUGCUGCCUUGACUUUUAUGUUGAGGGCCUUGUUCAAUGAAACCCAAUCAUUGAAAACAUUCAUCCAACAAAAAAUUAUUUAGCUACAUUCUUAGCUAUGAAUAAAUGUAUCCGGAGCAAAGGGUAUUAAUAAGUUAUGACGCACAAUAAUGUAUUAUGUAUAUAUAUAUAUGUAUAUGUAUGUUACACUUGGCACUUUGAAUGACAAUGCGAUUUGCUUUUUCGUUGUCCCAACUGUGAUCAACCUUGUUAGCUAGGGUUGUUAGCUCAUCCAGUAGCUCAUCAACCAACAAUAAUGGCAAGGAAUUUGACAUCAUCAAUUGCUAUUGUGGGUCAAUGUCCAUCAUAAACCGUGUCAGGUAGAUUCAGUUAGUUGAAUAUGCGUUUCUUCAAUUCUGAGGCCCAAGAUUAAGGUUCACACUUGAAAAGAUGGGGCACAAUGUUUUCAAUGCUUUUGCGACAAGUGUUUUGUACUAGUCUUUCAUGAAUUUUGUGUAAAAAGUGAUGAACAAACACAGUUCAUUUUUUUACUAGAGAUUGUAUUUUUUUAUGACAAAAACAGUGGCCCAAGAUGAUAUGCUUUCUGAUUCUGUGACUUAGGUUUGUUCUUUUUUAUGUUUCUAGGUUACAGGAGAAUUCUAGGUUGAUGCAUUCAUGUUUAACCUUUUUUAUGCGGGAAAAGCUAGCAUAUCACUAAUUAUUUUACUUGAAAUAUCUUAAAAAGGGUAAAUUACUCUUCUGAUUUCAAGUUUUAUUUCAAUUUGUUCAUGAGAGAAGGUCAUUAGUUUUCAUGAACAUCCCUUGAUUCGUGCCGUGAUUGUUGGACCAUCUCCUGUUUUUCGUGGCAUUUCCAUGGAAGCAUUAAGCUAAUUACUCUGACGGAUUAAUGGUAUCUGAUUAAUAGUUUCAUUGAAUGGAGCUUUUUGCUGCAUCCUGCUGACCUUGACUAUGGCAUUGUGCAUAGAUAAUGAUGGAGAGGGACACGGGCCGCCCUCGGGGCUUUGGCUUCGUGACAUUUGCAGAUCAGCAGGCAAUGGAGAGUGCCAUCACGGAGAUGCAUGGGCAGGAGCUCGGCGGACGGGUCAUCUCGGUGAACAAAGCUGAGCCCAGAGUCAGCUCGGAUGGGCCCGGAUAUGGCUAUCGCGGCGGCAGCAGGGGGGAUUAUGGCGGUGGUGGUGGCGGCGGUGGUGGCGGCGGUGGGGCCGAUGUUGGACGGAAUGAGUGCUUCAAGUGUGGGCGCCUGGGCCACUGGGCAAGGGAGUGCCCAUCAGGCGAAGCUGAUGGAGGAAGGUUCUCUGCUCGCUCAAAGUUUGGCCGUGGUGACCGAUUUGGCGGCCCCGACCACUACAUUGACAGGUAUUCUGAUGACCGUUAUGAUGGGGAAGGCCGGUACGGGGGUGACACCGAGCGCUAUCCAGCAGGCGGCAGGUACGGCCCAUCUGACCGCUACCCCCCUUUGAAUGGUUAUGGCAAAGAGAGGGGCUAUGCAAGGGAUAUGGGUCCACCUCGUGGUGGCAUGGUUGAGAGGUAUGGUGCCGGUGGCGGCGGUGGGCGCUAUGAGGGAGGUGGCGGCAGCUACAGGGACAGGCCCGGUCCCUACGAUCGUCCUCGCAGGGGCGGCGGUGGCUACCGCGAGAGGCCUGGCCCAUAUGAUCGCCCCAGCCGAGGCGUGCGGCCGCCUACCUUUGAUGAUCGCUACUGA